AUGGUGGAAAGUUUUAUUUUCUGCUCCCUGUNGGCUUCCUCACCUGAAAUGGCCAAAGAGGUCCUCAAAACCAAUGAAUCUUCCUUUUUGAACCGACCCUCAGUUGCUGCUAUUGACUACAUAAAUUAUGGCGUACAAAGUUUUGCCUUUGGCCCUUGUGGACCUUACUGGAAGUUCAUGAAGAAACUAUGCAUAUCAGAACUUCUUGGUGGCCGAACAAUUGAUCUUCUCCAUUCUGUUAGACGCGAUGAGAUUCAACGUUUUAUCGAAUUAUUAUCGAAAAAAGCCACAGCUGGUGAGUCGGUUGAUGUUGGAGGAGAGCUUAUAAAGGUGGCAAACAAUGUGAUAUCGAGAAUGUUAAUGGGCAAGAGAUGUUCUGAGAAUGAGGAUGAUGCUAGUCAGAUUAGAAAGUUGAUGCAAGAGAUAAAAGAACUCCCGGGUAAGUUUAAUUUGUUUGAAUACAUAUGGACUUGA